AAUUUUUUAUUAACAGACGCACCCGCAUCUCGGCCGUUGGAUGCUUAUUAUUACUCAUUCCUUUUGAAAUAGUAGCUUUUGUCCUUUUCUUUUUCUUUUUAUGUUGACUCAAAGGAGUCUCCUUUCUCAGGUCCUUCAUCAAUAACUGUUCUGUUUCAAUCUCCUUGCUCAAUCCUUGUCUGCAAAAAUGGCAGAAGCACUUGUUUCUACAAUCUUAGAGCAGAUAACAACAAUCAUCUGUGAAGGAGCCCUAGAGGAAGUGAGACUACUGAGGGGUGUUAAGGAAGAUCUGAGAAACCUCAGAGACGACCUCACAUCCAUCAGAGCUUUACUUAAAGAUGCUGAGGAGAAGCAAAUAUCAGAUGAACCUGUCAAGUUAUGGCUAGAUCGGCUCAAAGAAGAAUCUCUUGACAUGGAGGAAGCUUUGGAUGAAUGGAGGACUGUACUCCUGUAUCGGCGAACUGAUGGAGCUGAGGAAAAUGCUUCUUUUCUUCAGAGGAAGGUACGUGUUUUCCUCAGAUGUUUUUCUUUUCAUCCUGUUAGAUACCAUGGCAGUGCUCGCAACAUAAAGGAAAUCAAUGGAAGGUUACAUAAGAUUGCUGCGGAUAAAGCUAACUAUCAGUUAACAAGCAUGCCAAUCAGUAAACUGCCAAGACAAGCAGAAAGCAAGUCCUUUAUUGAUGAGUCGAGCUUGCUUGGUCGAGAUGAUGUCAAGAAUGAAAUAAUUAGCCAUUUGUUGUGUGAGACUAGCAAAGAAGAAGAGGGUAGCCCAAUCCAAACAAUCUCUGUAGUAGGGAUUGGAGGUAUCGGUAAGACUGCUCUUGCCCAACUAAUCUACAAUGAUGAAAAUGUUAAACAACAUUUCACUUGUAGAGUCUGGACUUGUGUUUCAGACAUUUUUGAUGAGAGCAAAGUUGCAAAAUCAAUAAUUGUGGGGCUUCAAGGCCUAGAUAAACUAGCAAUCCUCCAGUUGGAGUCAGUUCCAUUAGGUGCUCUUUUAGAAAAAAUUUGCAAGUCCAUAGAGGGAAAGAAGUACCUUCUUGUUCUAGAUGAUGUAUGGACAGAAAAAGAUAGAGACUUUGAAGGCCUGAAUGCUACUUUCAAAUGUGGUGCUCCGGGAAGUAGGAUUUUGGUGACUACACGUAAGAGUACUGUGGCAACCAUUAUGGGAAGUUCACACACCAUUCAGUUAAAUAAUUUGAGCCGAGAGAUAUGUUGGUCUAUCAUUAGGAAUAUAGCACUAAGAGAAAAGGACCAAAGGACUCGUGAGGAGUUCAUGCCAGUUGGUUUGAAAAUUGCAGAGAAGUGCAAAGGUCUGCCGCUUGUUGCAAAGACUUUGGGAGGCCUCUUGCGGUUUAAAACUGGUAUACAAGGGUGGGAGCAUGUUUUGAAUAAUGAGCUAUGGAGAAUGGAAAUUGUACAUAAAGAUGUUUAUGUUCCUUUGUUGCUGAGUUAUUAUGAUCUGCCCUCACCAGUAAGGCAGUGCUUUACAUAUUUAGCUCACCAUACUAAAGACAUGCAUUUUUCUUCUUGUGAUAUGAUUUCACAUUGGAUGGCACAAGGUUACUUAGGCUUUGAUGAUGAUGAUUCACCAUUGGAACUAAAAGGCUUUGAGUACUUUCAGUGCUUAGAGGCUUGCUGUUUCUUCCAAGAUUUUGUGGAUCAUGGUGAAGGUCUUGAGUGUAAGAUACAUGAUUUGGUACAUGACUUUGCGUUCUUUUUGACAAGGGGUGAGUUUAUGACAUUGGAGAUCUUCAAAGGUAAUGAAAGUUCAACGAUGAAUAGAGAAAGAACUCUUCGACAUUUGACAGUGGGGGUAGAAAAGGGUCUCUGUUUUCCUGAAUUCAUUCCUAAUGCAGAAAAAUUGCGAAGUGUUGUGGUUUAUAGUAAUAUUAGUGAUGAUUGUGCUGCUAUCAGUGAAAAGGCCAUGUGUAAUUUGUUUAAUCAAGCUACACGCUUAAGGCUAGUGGAUAUGGAUGGAUAUGGUGGUUCAACUAUUCCAGAAGAAAUAAGAAACUUAUUGCAUUUGAGAUACCUUAACUUGGGUGUUAGCAGAAACCUUGAAAAGUUGCCAAAAGCACUCUUUAGAUUGCACAAUUUGGAACAGUUAUAUUUGAAUGACUGUUAUAAUCUUGAAAGACUGCCCGAUGAGAUAGGAAAUUUAGUCAACUUGAAGCUUCUUCAUACCGAAGGUUGUAACAAAUUAACUUGCUACCCAAAGGAAGUUGUGAGAUUAACUCGACUUACACAAUUAUUGGGGCUCAUUGUGAGAAUUGAUCGUGACGAUCCUGAAGAGUUUAGCAUUGGAGAUCUAGCAAACUUGAAGAAACUGUUAGGUUCUCUUUGUAUUUUGAUGAUGUUUUAAAACCAUGAUUCAAAAGUAUUUAAUCUAUUUUUGUGCUAAGUGUGCAGGAAAAUUAAUCCAAGGUUUCUAAUCUUUCCCCACGAUUAGAAUUAAUUCAUAUUCCUCCUUGUUCAGAGUUCUAGGUUCGAAUCAAUUUAUUUUGGUUUGAAUCAAUCUCGGACUUUUGU